AGGAAUGAAUUUAUGCGGAUGGUGCGCUGGGGAGAUGGUCAGAGUCAGUGUUAGCGAUGGCGAGAAAGGGCGAGUUAAGAUGGACGAUGCUGUUCGUGCCGGUGGUGAUGCUGCUGGCCAUGGCGGAGGGACGCGCCAUUAUGUCAUCAGCGGGUGGGAUCUGCGCGCAAGACAUGAAUAUGCAUGUCAUUGAUGGAUUUUUUGAGCAAUACCAUCAUGAUCCGUUUAUUAUGAUGCUGAGGAAGCCUUUGUAUUGUCUGGCGGAGUUUUAUCAGAUGAUUAUGAUGUAUUCAGCGCAGCAUCAGCAACAUCAACAGGCUGCGCAGAUUAGUGAUAUGGGUAUGCAGAGUUCGGAGAUGCAGAUUGCGCAAGCGCAUCAGCAGCAGAUGGCUGCUGCGCAGGCUGCGGAGAUGGCUAUGGCGCAUCAUCAUCAACAGCAACAACAGCAACAACAGCAAUCUGCGGAGAUGCAAAUGGCGCAUAUGCAACAACAACAGCAGCAACAGCAAAUGGCCGCUGCUGAAAUGGCGCAGCAUCAUCAUCACCAUCAUCAAGCUGCUGAUUUUGGUAUGGGUCAUCAAUAUGGUGGUAUGCAGUUUGAGACGCAGCAAGCACAGAUAGCACAGGCUGCUGCUGCGGCUGCGCAGUAUGAAGCAGCGCAUUCUGCGGAGAUUGCUAUGGCGCAUCAUCAUCAACAGCAACAACAACAGCAAAUGGCCGCUGCUGCGCAGUAUGAAGCUGCGCAUUCUGCGGAAAUGCAAAUGGCGCACCAUCAUCAGCAACAACAGCAAAUGGCUGCGGCUGCGCAGUUUGAACAACAGCAAUCUGCUGAAAUGGCCGCGCAUCAUCAUUUCCAGCAACAGCAGCAACAACAACAACAGAUGGCGGCUGCUGCGCAGUAUGAAGCCGCACAUUCUGCGGAAAUGCAAAUGGCGCAACAUCACCAUCAUCAACAACAGCAGCAACAGCAAAUGGCUGCGGCUGCGCAGUUUGAAGCUCAACAGCAGCAAUCUGCUGAGAUAGCUAUGGCACACCAUCAUCAACAACAACAGCAACAGCAAAUGGCGGCUGCUGCGCAAUUUGAAGCUCAACAAUCUGCUGAAAUGCAGAUGGCGCACCAUCAUCACCAACAACAGCAAAUGGCGGCGGCUGCGCAUCAAUCCGCUGAAAUGGCUCAUCAUCAUCACUUCCAACAACAACAACAACAACAACAACAAAUGUCCGCGGCUGCUGAAUUUGAAGCAGCGCAACAACACUCUGCUGAAAUAGGAAUGGGUUACCAGCAACAUCAUCAACAGGCAGCCGCGGCUGAUUUUGGUAUGGCGCAUCAACACCAAGCGCAGUACGAACAACAACACUCUAUGGAAAUGCAAAUGGCGGCCGCGGCAGCUGCGCAACACUCGGCUGAGAUGCAGAUGGCACACCAUCAUCAACAACAGCAACAGCAAAUGGCUGCCGCGUCACACCAGCACUCUCAUCAACAGAUGGGUGGGAUCAGUGCAGGAGGGUUUGAAUCAUCAGCUGGUAUGGGUAUGGGUAGUAUGAAUACUGGUAUGGCACAUCAUCAUGUUGGAGGGGGUAUGGCUUCCGGAGGGUAUGGAGGUAUGGCCACUGGUGGAAGUUUUGAGGCUGGUGGUAUGGGUAUGGCUUCUGGAGGUUUUGAAACUGGAGGUAUGGGUAUGACUUCCGGUGGGUAUGGAGGUAUGGCUGCUGGUGGCAGUUUUGAAGCUGGUGGUAUGGGUAUGGCUUCCGGAGGUUUUGAAACUGGAGGUAUGGGUAUGUCCCAUGGUCACAUGGGAGGAGGUAUGGCUUCUGGAGGGUAUGGAGGUAUGGCCGGAGGAAGUUUUGAAGCUGGUGGUAUGGGAAUGGCUUCCGGAGGUUUUGAAACUGGUGGUAUGGGUAUGGCUUCCGGUGGAUACGAAACUGGAGGUAUGGGCAUGUCCCAUGGUCACAUGGGAGGAGGUAUGGCUUCUGGAGGGUAUGGAGGUAUGGCCGGAGGAAGUUUUGAGGCUGGUGGUAUGGGAAUGGCUUCCGGUGGUUUUGAAACAGGAGGUAUGGGCAUGUCCCAUGGUCAUAUGGGAGGAGGUAUGGCUUCCGGAGGUUAUGGAGGAUAUGAAUCUGCUGGUAUGGGCAUGGCUUCCGGUGGAAUGGCUUCCGGAGGAGGAAUGGGAAUGGCUUCCGGUGGAGGUAUGAUCGCCGCCGCAGGUCACCAAUCCCAAGCAGCAAUGUCCGCCUCCUCCUCGGAAGUAGCCCACCAUCACGGCCCAUCCGGGAUGAGUUUCCAUGCAUCCAACGAAGACUUCGCCCAUGAAGCCUCCUCGCAUCAAUUCGAGGUAUUCCACGAAUCCCCAUCCCUGGAACACCAUCAAUUCUCCCGCAACGCUGAAAUCGCCGCCGGGCAUGAACACCACGUGGACGAAAUGGGCGUCGAGUGCAUCCCUGUGACCCAUCACGACCACCACCAUGCACACCACGACCAUCAUGAUGCCGCCAUGGCACACGAUCACCAUGUCGCCGUCUACUAACCUACCAAACCCACUUAACCUAUAAUUUAAUUAUUCUAAAAUAUAUUUAUCACCCGCACGCUUCUACCUGUUAACCCUUUGCAAGUUUUAAUCAGUCGAGGUGAUAAUAAUUCAAUUGCGCCUCGGGCAAUAAAAUGUAUUAUAUUUAAUGCAAAAGCAUAAUAAAAUAUAUUUCUGAUUAAA